AUGGUCAAGAAAGUAUAUGAAGACAGACAUGAAGUUUGUUCUUUUACUGACGGGUCGAGAGCGUCACUAGAUGGUCCAGAUGGCUGGGCUAAAGGAUGUGUUUUCUAUGGUGAUAAUUGUCCUAACAGGAUAAGGUGUCAACAAGGUGGUGGUGGGGUUAUGAUUUGGGGUGGAAUCAUUGGUCCUUUCUGCGUUCCUGAACGUCUAAAGUUGUCCUCAGCCACAUAUUGCCCGUUCCUGAAAAAUUCACUUGAGCCAUGGUUGGAUAACCUUCCUUUGGCAACAUUGAAGAAGAUUAUCUUUAUGCAUGAUAAUACACUGUCCCAUGCUGCAAAGGCAACAAUGCAAUUUCUUCACUCACUUGGAUUUGUGAAUGAAACCCUGAUGGUUUGGCCUCCAAACUCACCAGAUUUAAACCCAAUAGAGGACUUGUGGUCAAUAAUAAAGCAUCAUGUUUAUGCGAAUGGCAAGCAUUACUCAUCAAAAGAUGAUCUGUGGAUGGCCAUCAAAGAAUCAGCAGCCACCAUCCCUAAGUCCACCAUCAAGAAAGUGACUGGUUCAGUGAAUGACAGACUUUUUGAAGACAUCAAACGUCACAGGGCCCAUGUUAAUAAAUAA